AUGGCUUCCAAGCGAGCGCAUACCCCUGAACUCAUUGCGAAUCCGUUCAUCAAGAAGCGCAACCUUGAAUGGAGUCUCGAGCUCACUGGAUCAUCUCUGGACGCUGAGACGGAUAGCAGCAACGCGGACGAGGAUGCCCACGAACCUAAGCCUGAUGCGCCAGGUGAGGACAAGCCACCACGGGCAGCAGCCAUAGAAGCUGGUGAGGCACAGGUUGACGAUCACCUGAAAUAUUUCAGCGAUCUCCUAUGCAAGGCAACACUAUCGCCGUUUCCUGAGCAUAUGCCACAUCUUUCCAUCCCAGCCUACCGCCAGCUCUACGAGUCUAACUUCGGAGACCCUUGUGGCGCACACUUCAUAGUGCAUCAGCACGACCACCCGAUCGCAGGGACGCACUAUGACCUGCGGCUACAGAUAAACCCUUCAAGCAGCGCAUCGUGGGCCAUCAUGUACGGCCUGCCAGGUGACCCCAACAGCGUCCGGCUGAACCGGAACGCCACCGAGACGCGUGUGCACUGCCUCUGGAACCACCUGGUCGAAACGGCCUCGGGCUCGACAGGUUCGCUGCUCAUCUGGGACACGGGAACAUACGAAGUGCUGCCGCAUGCCGCUGGCAGACGUAACCCAACUGAGGACCCAGACUCGCAGCCAUUGUCGUCCCAGGAGUCAGCAGAACAGCCGACUCAACAGGAGAGACUGCAUCGUGCUUUUCAGGCACGGAAGAUCCGAAUCAGGUUGAAUGGGGCACGGCUUCCACGGGACUACGUGUUGAAUCUACGGCUUACGAGGGACGAAGACAUCGCGGGACGUGCUAAAAGCGGCAGAAAGCCGAAGACUCGGCGCAGACGGGGAGGGAUGCGGACGAGAGCCCGGGCACCAGAGCCGAUGACAAGUUCGGAUUCGGAUGUAGGAUCAGAUACGGGCACAGUGGGUGGCGUCGAUGGCGAUGAUGAGACGGUCAACGCGCCGGUCGAGGCGGACCAGGAAGGCCUCUCGGCGAUGGAGCGCGAGAUCCGGGAGCUGGAGGACGCGGAGGUCCGCCGGACGAAUGCGUACACGGGGGCGAGCAACACCAUAGACAGCGUGCACCAGCGCAAAUGGUUCCUAUCUCUUGAUCGUGAGGCAUGUGGGUUCGUCAAGCGGAAGCAAGGGGGCAGGACCGUCUGGGAACGGGAGAAGGACGACCCGCCACCCGAGACCAAUGACGGGGCUGACGAGAGGCUAUCCUUCCCCUUCUACGUCCGAGGAGCUGAGGUUGAGCGGAGCGUUGUCACGGGUAGGCGAGGGGCUGAUGUCCUCCGGGACGAGGGAGUAGUUGGCUUUGUGAAGCGGAAAGGCUGGCAAGCUGUGCUAAAUUAA